CACAGUCAAGUUCUCUUCACGCACAUCUUGAGCUCCCAACCUUCUCCGAGCCGUUCAUAACCUCUAAGCACUGUUUACUUCAUAAUGGCCAACAUCAGCCUCUUCAUCCUCUCUUUGCUCGCCUCGUUGCUCCUGGUGCUCGCUGUCCCAUUGCCCAACAAUGUUGAACUUAACAAGCGCGAUUACUGGGGACAGGGAACCUGGUUUAACGUGGGGGAAGGUGCCUGCGGAGACUGGAAUCAGAACAGCGACUCAAUCGUUGCUAUCUCCUCGGACAUCUAUGGCGAUGGAGGAAGCUGCAACCAGUGGGUGGAAGUCACCAACACUCAGACCGGUGCGUCUGCUUGGGGACAGAUCCGUGACGAAUGCCCAUCUUGCGACUCUGGUAGCCUUGACAUGUCGCCAGGACUGUUUCAGAAGCUCGGCGAUCUCAGCACGGGUGUUCUCCAGAUCCAGUGGAACUUCUCAUAAAGAACAAGGACCGGUCGUCCUAAGAGCGAUCUACACCCACAAAUCAGCUGCCCGCCUUUUGCUUUCUUUUAAUUUAUUGGGCUAGACGGAGACUAAAUCUGCAUAGAAGAUAGACCAUAGAAGACACACGACUAUAGAAGUAUCACCGCGCUGUAUCAUUUCACUCACGUUGUCCCUUUUACGCUUUCAUGGCACCAUUGUGCAUCACUAGAGUUGCGGGUGUCGGCUCCGGAAGUCGGUUCACGCGUCACUUGUUGUUUUAACACGUAAUGUUCUUUUACCACAUUGUAGUGCCUAGACUUGUUUCAAAUAACGCUUGCAAUGAAGUAACUAUUGUUUGUUU